AAUUCGUAUCCUGACCAAAUUCGUAUCCCAACCAAAUUCGCUUCUCAACCAAAUUCGUAUUCUGAUCAAAUUUGCUUCCCAACCAAAUUCAUAUCCCAACCAAAUUCGCUUUUCAAUCAAUUUCGUAUCCCAACCAAAUUCACUUCCCAACCAAAUUCGUAUCCCAAUCGAAUUCGUAUCUCAACCAAUUUCAUGUCCCAACCAAUUUCGUAUCCUAACCUAUUUCGUGUCCCAACUUAUUUCAUGUCCCAACCUAUUUCGUAUCCCAUCCAAUUUCGUAUCUUAACCAAUUUCGUAUCCUGA